UAAUUUUAAUUUUUUUUCUUUUAAAAUAAUUUUGAAACUUUUAUUGGAGUUUUGUCUUAAAAAUUUAAACUUGACAUGUUAUAGUGAUGCCACUUAGCACAUAAUUCAUCGAAAUAGUAUCGAAUCUUUGUCCACUAUUCAAAAUUCUUUUAAUUGUCUAAAUUUAUCAAUAAAUUUUUUGAGUGUUAUUUAUUUAAAAUAGUUUUUCGAUUAUUUUAAAUUAUAAAUAUCCUAAUAUUAUAUUUAUUUUCUCUUUUUGUAUAUUUUUUCUACUGCUAGAUUUAUGUUUAUGAGACUUUAUAUAUGUCGUCGACGUUUAUAAAUGUGAUUUUAGAUUUUAUGUUCCUCCUAACGUUUAAUUUUUGAAACUUGGACUAUUUUUCUGUGAUUUUGCAGGCUGAUUCUUAGGCUUCCAUGGAAUUGUAAGAUCUAAUAUAAAAGCACUGACCAUUAUGAGGAAGCCAUCUAUUUCAAAUGGUCCCUAAAUAAAUAUUGCCAAAUCCUCACUUUCUUGUAACGAGGAACUUAAUAAUGUAUGAUCAUGGAAACACAUGAUCGUACUUGUUGGUUUCUUUAUAUUAAACAAUCAAAUUAGCUUCAAUUAAUCAAAAUUAUGAGUGUUCAUUUAUUUUGUUUUGGUUUCUUCAUGUAGCUAUUUCUUCAAAGAAAAAGAAUAAUAAAAAUAAAAUUUUCUUAGUCAAAAGUUUAAUGAAUAUCACUUGAAUACUACUACAACUUGUAUAAUUAUUACACUGGUAGAAUUAUGAAAAGGUGCUUACUUUAUUUGUGAUUCUCUCUAAUCUGAAAAUGCCAUUUCUCUUCAAUGAACAGAUAUUUGACACUAGAUGUUCCCCAGUGGGGCCAAAGCACUAAGUUCUAUCUUGAGUGACAUUUCUGGUGUUAUUGCAAUCUCUUUUUUUUUACCACUCUUUUGCUGCAAAGUAACCAAGUAAUAAAGGAAUUAUAAUUAUAAUUACAAUAAAAAAAAAGAUGGCAAUUAUUAUCCAAGAAGAAGAGAGCUUGAUAGAUCAUUCUCCAAAGUCUCCAACAAAGGGUGGCCUCAAAACCAUGCCUUUCAUCAUAGUGAACGAAACACUAGAGAAAGUGGCAAGUUAUGGAUUGCAGCCAAACAUGGGAAUGACUAUUCUUUGGUUAACAACCAUGGUUCCACAACUGAGGCCUUUACCUUGUGAUCAGUUUGAAAUCAAUGAAUGCAACAGACCAACACCAGCACAGUUCUUUGUGUUAUUGUUUUCUUUUGGGAUUAUUGCUGUAGGAGCUGGUUUCGUUAGACCUUGUUCUAUAGCCUUUGGUGCUGAUCAGUUGGACAACAAAGAAAACCCCAACAGUAAAAGGAUUAUGGAAAGUUAUUUCAACUGGUACUAUGCUACUAUUGGAAUGUCAACACUCGUCGCGACAACCUUAAUUGUGUAUAUUCAAGAUGCUUUUGGUUGGCAAAUUGGUUUUGGAAUUCCUGCUAUCCUUAUGCUUUUCUCUGUUUCAGCCUUUCUUUUGGGUUCUCCUCUUUAUAUCAAAGUAAAUGCUAGUGAAAGCUUGUUCAUUGGAUUCUUUCAAGUACUUGUUGCUGCUGUUAGAAAAAGAAAUAUCAAUCUUCACUCUGUUAAUUGUGAAAACCAUUAUCAUCAUUCGCCUGAUUCUGAAAUUCAGGCCUUAACAAACAGCUUCAGGUGUUUAGAUAAAGCUUGCAUAAUUGAAGAUCCGCAAAGAGACAUAAAUCGUGAUGGAUCCGCUUCAAAUCCGUGGAGACUCUGUAGUGUAGAACAAGUAGAAUCUUUGAAAUCUCUUCUUAGAGUUGUUCCUAUAUGGUCCAGCAACAUAAUGAUUCAGUUGAGCUUAAAUCAGUUCUCAUUUUCCACACUUCAAAUACAGACAAUGGAUACACAUAUCUUCUUAUCUGAUUUUGAAAUACCAGCUGGAUCAUUUUCUGUAUUUAUGGUAUUCACUCUAAUAUUUUGGAUUGCCUUGUAUGAUGGUGUUUUCGUGCCACUAAUGGCUAGACAUACCGGACAGCAAGGAGGCUUAAGCCCCGUUCUUCGUAUGGGAAUUGGUUUAGUACUCUCUUCUGUAGCGAUGGCACUUUCAGCGAUAACAGAAGGCAUAAGGCGGGAUAUAGCAGUUGAUCAGAAAGAUAUAUAUCCACAAGAUGGACCAAAUAUUGCAUCAGUAGACAUGUCGGCUAUGUGGUUCGUGCCACAGUAUGUGCUUCUCGGACUAGCUGAUGCUUUCAAUGCCAUUGGAUUGGUAGAGUUCCUCUACUCUGAGCUUCCUAAAAGCAUGUCUAGUUUUGUUGUGGCUAUUUUCACACUUGGGAUGGCUGUUUCUGGCUUUUUUGGGAGUCUUAUAGUGAAUGUUUUGGACAGUGUUACUUCAUAUGGAGGUGAAAUUAGCUGGUUGUCAAGUAAUAUCAACAAGGGUCAUCUAGAUUAUUACUACUGGUUAUUUGCUUUCUUCAAUAUUCUCAACUUCCUUUAUUUUCUUAUCAUUUGUCGAUAUAAUCGUCCUCAGGGGCUGAGCUAGAGUGUCACUGUGGGCUAUGUGUUCGGCCGAACCUAGUUGCUUUGAUUCAAAUAUUGUAUUUGUCCUAAAAGAUUCAUUCUGAACGUACAAUUUAUUAAUUUAGAUCCUACUAAUUUAAAAGGACUAGAA